AUGGCUGUUUAUGAGGCCUCACUGUAUCCACAGGCUAGGGACCUGGCAUUUGAUGUGCUAGAUGGGAAGGGAACUCUGAUGAUUGUGGCAUCUGCCAUUUAUCCUGAACAAGCCCAAAUGCCCACUGCAGUCCUCAGGCCCGUAAUGUCACGUGCCCGGAGCAGUUACAAUAGGAAGUUAGAGAGCAAGAUGAUGACCCACUCACCCCUAAGGGAUCACAAUUUUCGAGGAAAAAAAGAUGCUGCUGUGUACAGCAAAGGGAUGCCAAGUUGCCCAGGCAAUGGGAAAGGAAUUCAUGGCAAUGAUGGCAACGGGCCUCCGCCAACAUUCAGAGGCCUCCCAGGCCCCCUCCCCCUGGAUAAACCACUUCAGCUGCCCCCCAUUUUCCUCAAGGGAGAAAAAGGGGAAUCCUCUGUCCGGAAUGCCCAGGAAGGAGAGCCAAGCCUACAGUCACCCAGCUUAGAGCCCCGGCCCCCCGCGUGGCCACGCAGUGCAGGAGCAGCUCAGGAGCCCCGGAAAGUGUCCAGCAGCAACCUCAGCUUCACCCAGAGCAGCGAGAGCCAUGUGUCCAGUGUGCAGCACCCCGGGCCGGAGGACUGCAGCCACGCCAGCCUGAGCAGUGGGUACGCAGGGGACAAGGAGGGCAGUGACAUCAGCUUAGUGGGCAGCCGCCGGAGGGUGCGGUUGAACAGAAGGCUCAACAACCCCGCGCCCAGCACCCAAACGAGCCAGCUGGGCUCCACAGACUCUCCCAGCUGUCUAAAGAGCCGGCUGACUGGCCCCGCCCACAGCACCAAGCAGACUGGAGGGCAAGAGUGA